AGGUUACAGUUUUGUUGUCUUUGUGUAAAGGAGUGGAGCUCGAUCUCGCAUCACUCUUCCCUCUUCCCCGAGUCCUUUCUAAACUCUCCCCCGGGUUUUUACCCUCCCGAACCUCUCCCCUUCUACCCUUACAACCCCAACCCUCCCCCCGAUCAGUCGGCAGCGCUCUAAGCAGAUCCAUCUUGGUGACCAAAGAUUCUCAGUUUCUGUACGGACCACUAUAAUUGCAGUUAUGGACUCCGGAGUAAUUGAAGGCGGACUCAAUGUCACCCUUACUAUAAGGCUGCUCAUGCACGGCAAGGAGGUUGGAAGUAUAAUUGGAAAGAAGGGUGAAUCUGUGAAGAAGAUGAGAGAAGAGAGUGGAGCUCGCAUUAACAUCUCUGAAGGCAAUUGUCCUGAACGGAUCAUCACUUUGGCAGGUCCGACGACGGCCAUCUUUAAAGCGUUCUCUAUGAUUAUAGAGAAGUUGGAAGAGGAUAUCAGCAGCUCAAUGACAAACAGCACAGCUACCAGCAAGCCUCCAGUGACUCUACGCAUCGUAGUGCCUGCCAGCCAGUGUGGCUCGCUCAUUGGGAAAGGUGGCUGCAAGAUCAAAGAAAUUCGAGAGUCAACUGGUGCUCAGGUACAAGUGGCGGGAGACAUGCUUCCCAACUCCACAGAGCGUGCCAUCACCAUUGCUGGAACUCCGCAGUCAAUAAUUGAGUGUGUUAAGCAGAUCUGCGUGGUCAUGCUUGAGUCUCCCCCUAAGGGGGUCACCAUCCCCUACCGACCCAAGCCUUCAGGAUCACCUGUCAUCUUUGCAGGCGGACAGGCCUAUGCUGUACAAGGACAGCACGCGAUCCCACAGCCAGAUUCUUCCUCUGCUGCUAUUUCUCCACAGCUCACCAAGCUUCACCAGCUGGCUAUGCAGCAGAGCCCUUUCCCUAUUGCACCAGGCAACCAGGGAUUCACUGGGAUAGAUGCUUCUGCUCAGACUAGUUCACAUGAGAUGACCAUUCCAAAUGAUCUGAUCGGAUGCAUCAUUGGCCGCCAGGGAGCCAAGAUCAAUGAGAUCAGGCAAAUGUCUGGAGCCCAGAUCAAGAUCGCAAAUCCAGUGGAUGGAUCAACUGACCGGCAGGUUACCAUCACAGGCUCGCCCGCCAGCAUCAGUCUGGCAGAGUACCUCAUCAAUGCAAGUGUAGAGUCCUCUAAACCUCCUCCCUCCUCCUCCUCUUCCUCCUCCUUGAACCCUGAACAGACCAGCUUGUGCCCUCCUUCCACCUCUACUACUACUACUACUACCACUACUACUACCACCACCACCUCCUCUGCCGCUACCUCCUCCUUCUCCUCUUCCUCCUCCUCUUCUUCCUCUUCCUCCUGUGUGGCGCCCCCUACAGCCUCCAUCCCUCUGUCCUUGUUGGCUCCAGGGCCACCUCCUUCCUCCUCCUCCUCCUCCUCCUCUUGCUCCUCCACCGACUCCCUGCUCCCCAGCUCACCCGCCUGUGUGUCGAGUCUCCUCAGUCUCAAGCCCCUGCCUCUCCUGGCCCUCCAUGUUGUCAGUGGGGCCAGUAACCCCCCACACCCAAUUCCCACUGAGCCCAAAGUGGCCCCCGAGCUGGGCUCCAAGUCCAAAAGGCGAAGGCUCUCCCCUUACUAAUGAAGGAAACAUAAGUCAUCUCCUCCUGAAGUGCUGACAGUGCUCUUUGUUGUCUGUACCUGCACUUGCUUUUGUAUCUGGCUGCGCCAUGCCUCGCUUACAGCACAAAGCAGCCCCCUGUUACCAAGCCAGAGAGGUGGUUAACGCCAUAUUUAUAAAAUAUCUGUAGCUUGACUCUACCUGUCUCUUUAAAAUGUGACAUGUCGAGUGCAUUAUAUUUUUCAAGGACUUUGAAUUUAGCAUGGACAGGGAGUAGUUUAACCGAAUCUCUCUCUCUCUCUCGUUGUGUAAGCUCUGCUCAGGUAGCGGCUCCUUUAAGAUGUCACGUUGUACCUGUGGAAUUUGAUUUCUCUCUCGUUAUUUUUACGUGACUGUUGUUAGUUUACAAAAAGGGUUGUCUCGUGAUUUGUUUGCUGAUUUAAGAAAAAUUAAAAAAAAAACAGAGUAAUUUUAAAUCAAAGUAAAUCUUCCCUCAGGUAUCAAAGCCACUUAUUUAUGCUUUGGAUUUUGUUGAUUAUUUAAAAAAUCUAAAAUGACCCAUCUACUUUAGCUUACCAAUAAGAGAUGAUUAAUAAGAAGGCACCAGAUUUAUGUAGGUAAUUUUGUCUCAUCUCAAAAAGAUGAAAAUACAUUUCUGAGAGCUUUAGGAUUUAGCUCAUAAGUUUGUCUAUUAAACUUGAAAACAGGAGCAAAACAAGAGCAGAAUCAUGUCAAAGUCCCACUUGAGGCAUUUUUGAUUGAUUCUCAUAUAUUUACAUCAUCUGUGAAAAGUUGUCUGGAAACAUUGCAGUGUGGGUGAAAUGAACUCUGAAUAAGCUUACCCUGGUUUCUGCAUGAAAAGAGUAAAAUUGAAUCAGAUCAAAUAAAUAGGAUCAUGUUUUCCCAUAUUUGUGAGGGCAAGGAGUUUUUAGCAAAAGACGAUCAGUCAGUAAUAUAUUUGGGCACAUAAAAGUUGGACACUAAUUAUAGAAAAGGUUAGGUUACCAUAACUGAUUAGAGAAUUAAGGCCUCUCAAUUGAUUAUUGAGGAAGGUAUUCAUUAUUUUCAACAUGCCAUUUAAAAAAAAUAACCCUUGAGCAAUAUUUGAAAUGUUGGUGUCAUUUCUAACCAGAAAAUCUUUCUUGUUAAAUAAAAACAGCACAAAAUCUAAAUCAGAAUAAUUAUGUGCCGACUUGUAAUUUUUUACAAAUUCUGUAAGUCAAUUAAAUAACAAAAAAGGCCAAAAAUCAAAAAAUAGUAGUCAUAUAGCUUUCAGAAGAACUAAGUUGUUUGCUCCUGUUUUGCAGAGUUUCCGCUAAACCUGUGCAGCUUUAUUUUUAUCUGUAACCAUAAGUAGUGUGAGUCCCGUUUACUAAGUUUUUGAUUAUUUAGUCCCUUUGCUAGUUCAUUCAGAUUAUGCCAGAUUUAGAUCAGCUGCUGACUUAAGAUGUAUCUUUAUUUGUAACAACCCCCCCGCCUCCAGGCUAGACAUGUAAUGGGUUUCUGUAAGAGCACAUUUCCUGGUGUAUAAAGCCAGAUGACCUCCUUCCAGAGGUUUAUAUGGUAAUGAUGUAAUAAUGUAGAGUAAAUAUUGAUGUUUUCUCUGUUCUGUCUGAUUGCAUGCCUUCCUCUCUCUCCUCCCCUGCUCUGUGGGUGUGUAUCUGUUUU